UUACUUAUCAAGACAUAAUGGAAAAACUUAUGUUCCAAAGCUCAUACAGCUCACCACCUACCCUCGAGUAUAUAAGUGAUGUCCACGACGAGAGAGAGGCAUUAGCCCUCGCGCUUGAUCAUCGUCUUCGGGAAGAAGUGUUCUUGAGAAGCUCAUCUCUGAAUACAUGCGAGUUGUUCCUUCCGUUGGAGACCCUAGAACCAGAAAGACCGCGCCUUCGCACAAGGUCGUGUUUUUAGCUCGAUCGAUAGACUGACACACAGACAUCGUUGGUAUGAGUUCAGAAGGCAGCUGCUUAAAGAGCCCAGCGUGGAGAGAAAUCUAUCGAUUACAAUAUACAACGUUCAAGCGGUUGGAAGGGAUCUGUUUAUAAACUUGUCAUGAAGACUGAGGAAUCGGUGUGUGAAUCGGUUUAAGAGAUCGACUCACCCUACCACAGUUUCAGCACAUUCAUUUAUCCACGAGUAACGUAGACAGACCGUCUAUAGUUACAUGCGCUCAUCGAAGUAAAUCAGGAGGAACAGGCACAUAUAUCAGAUAAAAAACCAAGAGGAGGAAUUAUCGGGAGCAUAUCCAGCCACCAGGCUUGGGAGCCACUGUGAAUCAGGAUUUGGCCAUCAUGAUCAGAAAAGGACGCCGACGAUCUAGACAGAUCAGUCUUCCACGUGCAGCCGAUUCUCCAAGACCGAGAAAAAAUCGGAAACACAAGAAAUCUUCUUCGAAUCGUGGUUCCAAGCAUCCGGACGACGGGCAGCAAGUCCAAACCUCCGUCUGGGAUCAGAUACCAGAUGGACCGCUGGAGAUGAUUCUCAACCGCCUGUCCGUGGUGGAGCUUCUGCAAGGCAGAUCGGUGUGCAAGAGGUGGAAAAAUGUGAUCGACUCUCCGAUAUUCUCCAAGCUCCACGACUCGACGAGCGCAUCAUCUCCGGAGCCGUGUUUCAUGCUCCACUGGGUCGUCGGAAGGCACCACUUGAUGCAUGCCUAUUUCCCGUGCGCCGAUACAUGGAGAGCUCUGCCGGCCUCGACGAUCCAGCCGCAAAGGAGCGGAUACAACACACGGGCCAGGAAGAAUCUCGUCGCGCCUCCCAUCGUCACAUUGCGAGUGGACAUGUCCCGAUUCGACCGAGGCUUUUAUUGCAUUCACUCCAAAUACUUCGGCCCUUACAGGCAGAUCGGCAGGAGACGCAAGUACAGAUUGCUGUCGGACAUCUACGGCUUCAAGCUCACGGUCCACAAUCCGGUCUCGGGAUGGUGCACAUUGCUGCCCGCGCACCCGGAUCCGCAGCUGAACUCACACCCGCAGUGCGGAGUGUCCGUCAUCACCAACACUCGCGCCAGAACCUUUCAGGUUCUCUGCGCCGGCGUGUACCUGCACAACUACAACGAAGAGGUGCCCGGAGAGCCGGGCCACUGCCCGAUCACUCUGCUCUUCGACUCCGUCUCGAACCAGUGGUCGCGAGUCGCGGAUCUACCGCUGGACUAUUUGGCGUUCCGGGGAGAUGACACGAGGCAGGCGACGCGAGCCGACUGCGGGAAGAUUUCCUACUUCGUGGUCCAGCGGUUCCACCAGCUGCUGCUGCUGGCGUUUGACCGCGAGUCCGGCUCAUGGACCGUCGUUCCCGGUGCCAUGCCGCAGCAGGACAGCUCGUACAUGUUCGAUGCCAUCACGCUCGUGCCGUCGCCGAGGAGGAAAUCUCUGAUUCUGGCCUUCCGAAAUGCGCCCGUUGACAGUCUCUUCAGCGGCCAGGGCCUGUUUCCGCUCAUAUUCUCGUGGAGUCUCGAAGAGUCCCCGCAGGUCCAAGACUGGACCAAGAUGGACGUGCCGCCGCCGCCACUGGUGAACUUCCCUGCCGACUAUCGGCAUUUGCUGUUCUCUUUCAAGUGGUACGCCAAAGGAGAUUUCAUGUUCUUCACGUGUGCUGAGUUGUGGGGCAUGGGGGCGUUGGUCUUCAACUUGGCGCUCGGACAGUGGAAGGCCAUAUCGAUUGCUGUGAGGGGACUUGCUCAUCCGUUCGAUACCGUUCCACAGAUCGUCCCAUUCGAAGUGCAGCUCUCGUCUGUUCUCAAUUUGAACGUGUACUAGUCGCAUUCCAAAUCUUCGAUCGGACUUGCACCUGUCUGUCCAUGGAGUACAUGCAAAGCUUGCAACUCUAGACCUUGCGAAAUAUAUAUAUAUAUAUAUAGAGCACCGUCUUUCAACUAUGGGAGAGGGAGCGAGUACACAAUUUCCAUCAGGAGAAGACACGGUGAUAUUAUGAUGUUGGGGAUCAGUACAAAUUGAAGUGGGUUCCAAGAUGGUGAUAUUCAGUCCGUGAAAUUUAUGCAGAAAUAAGUCUGACGGUGAUGAACCAAACCAAACGGAUGAGGUAAGAUGGUAUGAGGAUAAUAUGGGAGAGGGAGCGUGUACACAGGUUCCAUCAGGAGAAGACACGGUGGUAUUAUGAUGGUGGGGAUCAGUACAAAUUGAAAUGGGUUCCAAGAUGGUUAUAUACAGUCCAUAUAAUUUAUGCAGAAAUAAGUCUGACGGUGAUAAACCAAACCAAACGCAUGGGGGAAGAUGGUAUGACGAUAAUAUGGAUAGGGACUUGAAGCCCGAGAUCACUAAUGAUUCCAGCCAGUCUGACAUAUAGACACGUUACAUGAUGGAUAUUAAGACUCUUUACCAAUUUUUCUAGAUCAAAAUAAUUAUGAGUAGAGACUUUAGUGAAGUUGCUACAUAGCUAGUUGUAUUUAUAUAUUCUCAUCGUCAUGUCAGUGCAAGGGGUUAUGAAGAAUGCACUGCUAUUGUAGAUAGCAUAGAAUGAAAUUAGAACGGCUUAUGCAGAAAUUACUGGAGUAACAGUG